UGUUGAUUGCGUUGGACGUUUUUUACUUACAUAUCUUGCGGUUGCGCGUCUGGAACCGGUUUUUUUAUUUUGUUAUUGUUUUGGAAAUUAUUCUAAACAUUGCAAAGCUACCAUUUUUAAAAUGAAGCUCGUCGUGGAGUCAGGACCUUGUAAUUCAGAGUUACGUAGCUGGUGCAUGGGCAUCGCCAUAUAUUUUCUUCUGUCCAUCACUUUAAAUGUGAUCUUAUUGCCCAGUGUCAUGAGCUUCAUUGGAUUUGUCAUUGUGGUAAUUGGAAAUAUAUGUCUGCUGCUUGGUUGUUUAAAGUCUAACUAUAUCCUGGUGUUCGUUUGGCUAAUUCACGCCGCGUGCUUCUUCAUUGGCUGGCCUAUUGCAGUAUUCGGUACCAUAUUCCAUUUUGGGGGCUAUCGUGAAGGAACCGGAUCCAGUAACUUGUUUGUGGCCUUGUUUAUCUACAUCAUACAGCUGAUAUUGUACGUUUUUUGUUCGCGUAUCGUGUACUCGUACAGUUUGCAACUCAAGAAUCGAAACUCCAAUCAGCAACAUUCUGUUGUUAUUUAAAUUUUAACAUCGCCAAACUCAAAAAUAUACAUAUGCACGUUUAUAUAUGUAUGUUGAUAUAUAACAAAUACUUAAAAGAAACUAUUAAGUUGAUAAUUUUGUUUUAAUUGUUUCAUCAGAUGGAGUAUAAAAGCAUACUAUUCAGUAGUACCUAUAUACAAGAAAUUUUUAAUAAUAAUUAUGACAUAUUUUACGCUGAUGACUCAUAGAUUAAUAUACGAUAUACCGGGAGAGAAACUCAAUUAGCCGGGCAUUUAUACAAUGUACAAUUUUUUAGCUUACUUAAAUAAAUAAAGUGUUUUGUUAA